AUGAAGUGUUUUAUUGUCAUCUUCAGUGCUACGCUUUUUAGCACCUUGGCUCUGGCAGCACCUCUCACGGCUCAUCGACAAGCACUUCAUGCUAGUCGACAGGCCAACCGAGCCUUCGGCCGUGGAAGUAGUCGGCCUCUUAGGCCCGGUACUGCAGAUGUGCUAUACAUCAACGGCACGUCUCAUGAAGAGUAUAGUGCGAAUUGGGCAGGUGCUGUGCUCAUCGGUAACGGUUAUGACUUUGUGACCGGCGAAGCCACAGUCCCUGUCCCCAAACCUGCCCGUGGAGGCGAUGAUAGAACGAACUAUUGUGCUUCUGCUUGGGUCGGUAUCGACGGAGACACCUGCAAUACAGCUAUUUUGCAAACAGGGAUCGACAUGUGUGUUCAAGGUGGCGUGGUGUCAUCUAGUGCCUGGUUUGAGUGGUUUCCGGACUACUCUCACGACUUCGAUAUCAAGAUAUCAACUGGCGACGUGGUCAAGAUGACAGUCGAGGCCAAUUCCACAAACUCCGGCACCGCUAUAAUUCAGAACUUAUCAACGGGCAUUUCAAUAAACCAUCAAUUCCCAGUUGCUCUUGGUGCUAGGCUCUGUGAGACCAAUGCCGAGUGGAUCGUUGAGGACUUUUCCAUAAAUACCGGGUUGGCUCCUUUUGCCAAUUUCGGAACAGUGUCGUUUUUGAAUGCCGUUGCGUCUGCUGGUGGGAACAGAUCCAGCCCGUCAGGUGGCGUUGUUAUGGAAAUCUACCAGGAUCGGAUAUUGACCACUACGUCGGUGACGAAGGAGAGUGUUACCGUCAGUUAUCUUUGA